GUGGAGAAUAGUCCAAAUUCUCCACUGUAGUCCUCAAAUUCAGAUCAGCAGACUGUAGUGGGCUUCUUCAGUUCGCUUAAACCAUUCGGAAUAUUUUUGUUUGAAAGUCUCCACAGCGCGAUGAAAAGUUGUCGACAGGCAAAGGAAGUGCGAAACUUCUCACCUAUGUGAAGAACGCACUAUUGCAUAAUUUUUGCCAGCUGUCAUACCCGCACCAUCAGCUCCGCCGAAAGACAGUGCAUUUAUUCAGUCUAUCCACGACAACCAAAAUGCAUUGUUGAGAGCACUGCAUUUAAGCUAUCUAUACGGCACAGAAAUAAACGUUUUCUUUUGGACUAAAAUGCAGCAGGAGUGGUUACUCAAAGUUCUCGUCAUUGGAGAUUUAGGUGUAGGGAAAACUUCCAUUAUAAAGCGUUAUGUCCAUCAGAUUUUUUCUCAACAUUACCGCGCAACGAUCGGUGUUGACUUUGCUUUGAAAGUCCUGAAUUGGGAUCACCGGACAGUCAUUCGAGUGCAGUUGUGGGACAUUGCUGGACAAGAGAGGUAUGGCAACAUGACACGUGUGUAUUACCGAGAGGCUGUAGGGGCACUGGUGGUUUUUGACAUGACACGUGCCUCCACCUUCCAAGCUGUGUUGAAAUGGAAAAAGGAUCUUGAUUCUAAAGUUGCCUUGGGCAAUGGACGGCCUCUGCCAGCUGUUCUGCUGGCCAACAAGUGUGACCAACAGAGAUAUGGUUUAUGUUCCAAACUGCCCAAACUUGACAAUUUCUCCACUGAUCAUGGCUUUGUGGGUUGGUACGAAACUUCUGCCAAGGACAAUACAAACAUUGAUGCAGCCAUCAUGUGUCUUGUAGAGAAUAUAAUGGCCACUGAGAUGGAAGACAUUCCUGUGGAAUCAGACCCCAGUGUACUGGUCCUGCCUGCCUUUGAUUAUAACCUGCAAGAGCGCAGUGGCCCUAGCUGCUCUUUCUGCACUAAAAUCCAGUCCAGCAGAAAACCCCACACUGAAUUAUAGAGAGGGUGAGAGACAGUUAAAAAAAGAGCAAAAAAGAGCAAGAGAGAGAAAAAUACACACACACACACAGAGACAGAGAGUGAGAGAGAGAGAGAGAGAGGUCACACCCUUUGUUGGGCCUUCAGUUUGUGCUGAACUAAGCUUUUGUGGGAAAGACAAGACCACGAAGCCUUUACAGUUAUAUGCAUUUCCAUUUACACUUGCCAAAAACAACAAUGUCAUCAAUAAAACACGAAGCGUUUACCCAGAAUCUUUUCUGAUAAAAACUUAAUGUUUUAGACUGAAAUCCUGUGCUGAGUGUAAAGAAGUGUGUACACCUUCGCCUCAACUUUUUGUAUCUAAUUAAGCCUCUGACUUGCAAGCCAUACAUAAAGCCUG